UUCUUCAAUCUCAUUUCCAAGACGUAAACUUAUCAUUGGAUUUUUGAUUAUUGAGCGGACACAACCAUGAAGCUUUCAGUGAUGACUGUGAUGUUACUUGUUGAAUUGAUAGGAAACAACACAGCUAUCCUAGCCACUACUGCUGAAUCCUCACUUUUAACUACAGAAGCAACAAUUAUAGCUCAAACUACAACAGAAGCAAUCCAUACAACAACUACCUCUUAUACAACAUCUACAAUUACAACCAAGACAACACCGGCUUCUAAUACAGCAUUCACAAUUACAACCAAGACAACGCCUCUUCCGGCAACCACCAUAAGUAACAUUGGACCAACACCAUACUGCAAAAAUGGAGGUAUCUAUGAUGGAAUCAAGUGUAUUUGUCCAGACAUGUUCUACGGGACUUACUGUGAGAACAAUAGAUUUCCGCCUGCAUGCCAGAAUGGAGGUACCUAUGAAAAUGGCAUCUGUAAAUGUUCAAGCAAUUUUGAAGGAAAACUGUGUGAAGCCAUAAAAGAAAUUAUAACUGUUGAUAAUGGCACCACUGCGUCUUUAAAUGUAGACCUGAGAUUCACCAACAUGGAAUUUGAUGAAAAUCUGAAAGAUACCACAUCUGAGGAAUAUAAGGAGUUUGAAAAGGACUUCAAGCGUAAUAUGAACAUCGUCUAUGCGACCGUUGCUGGGUUUGAAGAUGUAAAAAUACUGUCUAUAAGCAAAGGAAGCAUUAUUGUGCUUCAUGAGGUCAUUGUGAGAUUCCAAUAUAUGCCCGGUGAGAAUAUAGCUUACCAGUUUAACGAAGCACAUCAAGAUGUAGCAAAAAACCUGGUAGAACUGAGAAAAAAUUGCAGCGCAAACCCCGGGAUGUGUAUUGCCGACGACUUCAGUGUGAUGGUUGCAAAGGAACCGAUAUCUGUUGAAGAGCAAUGCAGGCAAAAGGUUGCCGACGAUUUUAAAGAUUUUUUCAGUGCAGAAUUUGAAGAUGGGAAUCUUAUCUGUGUGUCUCACUGUGGUAAACAAUCUCCUCGCUUUAAGGACUGUCAUAAAGGAUUCUGUCAGAUCGAGAAAUGGACGGGGCCCCGCUGCUUCUGUCCAGUAGGAGAUGACUACUUAUACACAGACAACCAUUGCGUUGGGAAGAUAUUGAAGCUCGGCCUGUAUAUUGGUGGAGGAGUUGCUCUAGCUGUCCUUGUCAUCAUCAUCAUCACUCUGGGAAUCUGCCUGUACAGAGUAAAGUCCCAGUCGGCUCCGCGUAAAGAAUUGUGCUAUGAGACUGUUGAGUAGCCACAUUUCAUGCUAAAUUGUCUUAUAGUUAAAAUGUGGCAUUGUAUUGUUUUUUUUUUUUUUUUUUAGAAACACGUGUAAAAGAUAUUGACUUGAUGAAAAUAAUGUUUUCAAUAUGUACUAAUACUUUAAACAACUUGUAUCUAUCUAUAAUUUGUAAUAUAUUUAUUAGAUGUACUAUGAACACGUUUUUGAUAUCCACUAUGAAUUUUAUAGAAUAAAGUUUUCAUCUCUUGCAAA